CAGCCGGAAGCGGAACUCCGAUCAGAAAGUUCAGCUGCCUCUGGGGGCUGUCGGGAGCUGGUGUUGUUCGAGUCCACGUGGAGCAGCGGGCGGGAGGGUAGGGGGCUGAAAGCGGGCGGCGGCGGCGACGAGGGGAGCCCUUUUCCAGGCGCGGGGGCCUCGGGCUCCUUCGCUUCUCCGGCAGGUGUGGACGUGCGUGCUGCGAGAUGGACACUCCCCCACUCUCAGAUUCGGACUCGGAUUCUGACGACCCCCUUGUCACAGACAGAGAGUUGCAGGAGGCGUUUUCCCGAGGGCUUCUGAAGCCAGGCCUCAACGUGGUGCUAGAGGGGCCGAAGAAGGCCGUGAACGACGUGAAUGGCCUGAAGCAGUGUUUGGCUGAAUUCAAGCGGGAUCUGGAAUGGGUUGAAAGGCUUGAUGUGACCCUGGGUCCGGUACCGGCAAUCCGUGGACCGCAGGCAACAUCUCAGAACAAGGAUCAGAAAGCUGUUGAUCCAGAAGAUGACUUUCAGCGUGAGAUGAGCUUCUACAGUCAGGCCCAGGCAGCAGUGCUUGCAGUAUUGCCCCGCCUCCAUCAGCUCAAAGUCCCUACCAAGCGGCCCACGGAUUAUUUUGCAGAGAUGGCCAAGUCUGAUCAGCAGAUGCAGAAGAUUCGACAGAAGCUGCAGGCUAAACAGGUCGCCAUGGAGAGGUCGGAAAAGGCUAAGCAGCUGCGAGCACUUAGGAAAUACGGAAAGAAGGUGCAAACAGAAGUUCUUCAGAAGCGGCAGCGGGAGAAAGCACACAUGAUGAGUGCCAUUAAGAAAUAUCAGAAAGGCUUCUCUGAUAAACUGGACUUCCUCGAGGGAGAUCAGAAGCCUGUCGCACGGAGCACGAAAGAAGGAGCCAAAGGCCAGCAGAUGAAGAAGGGGCCCAGUGCCAAGCGACGCUAUAAAAACCAGAGGUUUGGUUAUGGUGGGAGGAAGAAAGGCUCCAAGUGGAACACUCGUGAGAGCUAUGAUGAUGUAUCCGGCUUCCGGGCCAAGAUAGCUCAUGGCAAGGGCCUCAAGAGGCCUGGAAAGAAAGGAUCAAAUAAGAGACCCGGGAAACGGACAAGAGAGAAAAUGAAGAGCAGAACACGCUAAAUAAGCAGCAUCUUUGUAUACAAAGACCAAGAAAAGGGAUGGAGACUUGGGAUUUCACAAUGCAAUUGGAUCCCUUCUGUUGGUUUCCUUUUGUAAAAAUUCUUUCAAUAAACUAAAGAAAAAUUUUCAGAGAAA